CUGCUGAUCUCGGUGCUGAGUACGUUCACAAGUGAAGUAUUAAUUAUUCCUCGUUAAUCAUGAGGAGGAUCGUGUUGUUAGCUUUCUUGGCCCUCUUUGGCCUUCAACAGACCGUUUCCUCUCUUAAAAUCGGUUCAUUUAACAUACAAGCUUUUGGUUUAAAGAAACUGGGCAAUGACACCAUCAUGACAGUCAUCAAGAAAAUCAUCAAACGAUAUGACAUUGUGUUGCUGCAGGAAAUCAGAGAUUCUUCCCAACAAUUACUUCCUUCUUUAAUUGCCAAACUGAAUUAUCGCAGCAGCAUCAGGUAUCAGUUUGCUGUUAGUGAAAUUGUUGGCCGAAAUGUUUAUAAGGAACAGUAUGCUUUCCUUUACAGAACAAAUGGAAAGGUCAAAUUGUUAAAUAAUUAUACGUACAAUGACGGCAAAGAAGAAAAUAAAAACGAUCUUUUCUCUCGUGAACCAUUCGUCGCACACUUUGAAGUUCCUUGUUCAAAAUUCAAAAAGUUCACCUUGGUUGGGGUUCAUAUUAGUCCUGACGAAGCUGUUGAAGAGAUAAAGUUACUGGAGAAAGUUCACGAUAGUGUGACCAGAAAGUUCCGCACCAGCAACGUUAUUAUCAUGGGUGACAUGAAUGCUGAUUGUGGUUAUUUCCGCGAAUCUAAAUGGCAAGAAGUACCGAUGCGCCGAAGUUCGGCCUACUCGUGGCCCAUUUGUGACGAUGUUGACACUACAGUUAAAGGGACACAUUGCGCUUAUGACAGAUUUAUUGUUGGAGGACGUGAUUUAAGGAAUUCCUACGUUCCUGGGUAUACCAAAGCCUUUCGCUUUGACGAAGCAUUUCGGAUGAAACCAGAGGCGGCUGAAGCCGUUAGCGAUCAUUAUCCAAUUGAAAUAGUUUUUGAAAAUAAAUGUGGAAAAUCGCCGGACAGUGUGGUUGGCUAAAGAGAUUCAAAUAAAAGAACAGCCCUUAAAUAAUAAACACUUCUUCAAAUUUUA